CCGCCACACUAAACAUGGAGCCUGCUCUGCUUAUGUGACGUCGUAGCUGUUCGCCCGGUGAGUGACGGGCAUCAUGGCGGCGCUGUGCAGAGGCACGGUGCGGGCUUGUAUAUUGAAGCCGCUGGGACUUUCAGUUAGUCUGCAGGUAAAGCGGAAUGUGAGAGCCCUACGGCGGACCCCGGUGCGGGUAUUACCCGCGGCUGAGAAGGGUCGGGAACGUAAGGAGGUGGAAGCAAGGCGACCGCAGCAGCCUAGGCAGAGUGAGUACCAAACACGUACAUCACAGGGGGUGAGACAGCCUACCGCACUGACUGAAGCCCCAGCGCUGGAGUUCCGAUACGAGAGAGCGUUACCUGGUGAUAAGCGACUGAGCAAAGUUGUUACGAUUGCAAAGUCCAAGAAAUUCCGUGAUCGCCACGGGCAGGUAUUGCUAGAAGGACGGAGAUUGUUAACAGAUGCAUUGGAAUCCGGUGCAGUUCUACAGACUCUGUUCUUUAGCAGAGUUGACUAUUUGAAGUUGUUUCCACCUGAUAAACUAAGGAAAGCAAACCUCAUCAAAGUAAAUUUUGACAAUAUCAAGAUCUGGUCAGAUGUUGUAGCUCCCCAGGGACUUAUGGGAAUUUUUGCAAAACCAGAUCAUGAAAAGAUAAGUUAUCCAACUACACAGACGAAGCACACUUUACCUCUGUCUCUUAUUUGUGACAACAUCCGUGAUCCUGGUAACUUGGGUACCAUUCUGAGAUGUGCUGCAGGGGCAGGCUGCAAUAAAGUAUUACUUACAAAAGGUUGUGUUGAUGCAUGGGAGCCGAAGGUAUUGAGAGCUGGAAUGGGAGCUCACUUUCGCCUGCCGGUAAUCAGCAGCCUGGACUGGGAUAUUGUGCCCAAUUACCUGUCUGCAGGUACAAAAGUGUUCCUGGCAGAUAACUUCAGGCCUGAUAUGAAGCAUAAAACUGGUGAUGUUUCUGAGAAAGCAAGUGAUUAUGGUUGGGUUUCAACCAAUCCAAGGAGGAUAUUGAUCACUGAAGAAGGAUACGAAAGUUCUAGUGAUGAAGAGGACAAUACAGAUAAACUUUAUAUCCCUGGUCUAGAAGUGCAGAGUUAUUUUGAAAGUUGGGCUCAGAGCCCUUGUGCAAUUGUGAUUGGAGGAGAGACUCAUGGUUUGAGCAUAGAAUCCCUGUUGCUGGCUGAAAAAUCAAAUGGCAAAAGACUUUAUAUUCCAGUUGUUCCUGAUAUAGACAGCCUAAACUCUGCUAUGGCUGCCAGUAUCCUACUGUUUGAAGGGAAAAGGCAAAUUGAGAAUACAAUGAAGAGAAAAUCUUAGAAAGCCCUCUCCUCAUGGAUGAACUUGGCCCCAGGGAGGUGCUGGGUAACCUGCAAGCAAUUCUGGUAUUUUUAUUUUCUCUUGCAGGGAAUGUAUAAGUCAGAAAAAUAUUUAUGAAUACCUAUAGUGUAUUUCUUUGUACAGUCUAUUGUAACUACUUUACCCAAAUGCUUUUUAAACUUUUUUUUAUAAACCACAUCUGAUUAUGAAGUAUCUUCUAGACUAUAUUACAUGUAGUGGGCUGAUCUCAUAUAGCAUGUUCGAGGGUCGGAUUAAGUUAAAAUGAUGUCAUACAGUAAAGUCUAUGGAGCCUUUGAGCAGACUUCUGGCCUCCAUUUCUAGACCGUCAGAAAAUGGAGAGAAAGCCAUGGCUCCUGUCCCCAAAGAAUUUGAUUUACUGAGGAAACUUACAGACAGGAUACCUAUGGAUAUGAGGUUAAGAGAAGAAUAUUGAUUUGCAGGGGAUUUAACUUAAAUGGAAUUGAUAAAGGAUGUUUGAAUUGGUGCUGCCUAAAUACACUUUAGACACAUACAUUCUUGUACAGUUGUUGCUUGAGAGGCACUAGGUAUGAAACUGUCCACUUAACUAAUAAUGGGUGUCAUUUUUUUUUAAGAGGGUGCACCAUGCAGAGCUUGCCCUCUGUUCAGGAGGCCUUUUAGCUACCAAAUUCCAUGAUUCCUUGAAAUAUAGCUAAGAAAAUGUAAGAAUGUUUAACAUUUUCAACUUUUCUAGUAGAAGCCUUUUUUUCACCUUGAUAAAUCAGCCUAUGUAUCAGUUGGUUUUUAUAUCUGUAAAUCUGUGCAUUUUUGUGAAUAUUUGGUGAAAUGAGUGGUCUCACAAAUUGAAUGGUACAUAUUGACCUUCUUAAUGAUUUCUUUUAUAAAUCUGCCCUAUAAGGAUGUUUGGUCCUUACAAGGUAGAUAAUUAGAUCCCCAAUUCACAGACAACCCCCUGCAUAAUGGACUCCUAAAACAAAACAAUCACAACAAAGGCGAAGGAAGGGGGUUGUAUGUAAUAAUUAUCUACCUUACAGGGACCAAACAUGGAGAAUAUUUAAUUUCCCUGUUAAGCUUAAGAAAUAAAAUCAAUAACAUUGUUUUAAA